AUGUCGAAUCUUACCAACGAUUCUGUUGUAAAUUCUGCAGACCUUGAAGGAAAUCAGGCUCUGAAUGCGCCCAAUCGAAUAGAGGAAGAGCCAUUGAAAAGGAACAUGAACGUUCCCAUCAUUUCUUUGACAAAGAGCAAUCCGUUAAAUCCGUUGAAAGCCUUAGUGGAGCUGGGGCACGUACAGAAAGAGAUGAUGUCAAAUGAAUUAGAGUUUGCUCGUAUCGUUGAAGAAGAUUUAAAUCUUCGGAACCAGUUAUUUGAAACUACACUUGAGCUCUCUCAUCAAGUAGACUCGUUUAUGGGGUUGUUUGAAACAUUUAUGUCUGAAAGGAAUUUGAGGAUGGAACAUGAACAUAUCAGGAGGUCUUUAUAUGAAUUAUGCUCUAAAGAAGUUCAAACUGAGGCAACGUUAAUGACAACCCUCAAAGAAGACAUCAAAGAAAGAAAAGAAACAAAACCAAAGGAACCAAUCUUAACGAAAGAAGCUGAAGAUAAUCAUUUAGAUCUGAAGGAAUCCACAUCUGCAAACCUUGGCACAACUCCUUCAUUCCAGGCAACCCCUCCUCAGACGAAACAAGAAGAGGUUCGUUCGAAUCCAAUAAUUGUUGACCUCCUUUUCUUAGACAUGAAAAUAAGGUCCACCAUGAAACAGGGGUUAAAACGUUCUUGGAAUCAAUGA